AUGUCUAACAGUCUGGCAACAGGACAAAGAAAGAAAAUGAAGGAAUUAAAGAAUACAGAGAUGAGCGCAGUGGAGACGCACCUGUCUGACAUAGACGCUGAUGAGGACGCUCCAGCAUGGGCCAAAAGAUUGGUAAAAGCUUUCGAAAGCCAUCAAACCUCAAUAGAUACCAAACUUGGUGAGACCAACUUUUCAAUCAAAACCCUCUCCAAAGACUUUAAGGCAGUAAAAAACAAAGUCGCCAAUGCGGAACAGCGCAUCAACAGUUUAGAGGAGGAUUUUGAAAAGGAGAAUACUCUGGUUAAAGAACUAUCUAAGAAAGUUUCAUCACUGUGCCAGCGUGUUGAUGACCUUGAAUCACGCAGUAGGAGAAAUAAAAUCAGAAUAAUAGGCCUGAGAGAAGGAGGUGAAGCAGAUGAUCUGAUGGGGAUGCUGGGCCAUGUAUUUCAACUUGUUCCGGGAAAGAGCAAACCGGUACCUGAAGUGGACCGGGCCCACCAAGCUUUUCGGCUGCAGCCGGACCAAGGGCACCCACCUCGCAACAAAUACCCUAAAUCUUGA